GGUCAACGCUCUUCCUCUAUUCUACGCUGCGAUCCGGGGUGGUAUCGGAGCAGUAACCAUUGUGCCACUGCCGUGCCAUGUUCCUUCUCUGUUCUCUGUGCCUGAAAGGUCGCAUACAAGCACUGGCAACGCCUCCUCCCCAACCUGCCUCUGUCCACCACUCAUCCAGCGGUGUUGUCUAGUACUGCCUGAGACAUCCCGUCUCAACUAUCGCUCAGCUCGUUGUCCUAUUCAUAGCUCAGUAGUCCUCUUCCACGACAGACGUCUCGAAGUACAGCAGUUACGCGAUGCGAACUUUCGUGGUCAAUGAGAGGGUCGCCGAGGAUCAUCACGAACGUGCCAGUAGCCCCAUCGACCCCGCGCGCUGCGCAGCCAUCAACAAACUCCCGCCGGAUGUUCUUCUGCUUAUUUUCCACCAAGUACGUUACACUAUCCAGGAGUCUCCAGAUGGGAGGAUUCCCACAAUUGGCCAAGAUGACACCCACCUGCGACCAUCGUACCAGCACCCAACGCGGACGUACUUCUUCUCAGAGUUGAUCGCCUCUGUGUGCCGCCACUGGCGGGAGGUCAUGUCGGCGACGUCCUCCUUCUGGACCCACCUGGUCAUUUGGAUUGGCGAGGAACCGACACCGCUCUCCCAUAUACGCGAUCACCUAGCGUGGUCGCGGGAGCAUCUCCUCGAUAUCUGCGUGUUGUCGGGCAGGCCCCUUGGUGCUCCGUACUCGUCCGCGAUGGAGAAGGCACAAGUCGACGCGACCAUGGAGCUGCUCGUCCCUCACAUGCAGCGCUGGAAGACUCUUUGCAUGAAUGUCCUCUACUCUACCUCGCUCCCGCUUCCUCGCAUCGACAUCGUAGGCCGUGCAGACAACCUAGUCGAGCUCGAACAACUGUUCUUCGAUGACUCUGCUGCCGUCGCCGAUGCCGCCGACUCCUCAGUCAUCAGGGAAUUCCAUACACCUCGGCUAGACGUACUCAUCAUGAGUGGCCUGCACUUCCGCGAGUCCUACGUGAAGCCGUUUCCUCGACACGCGAUGCCUACGUGGCUCAACGAAGUCAAGAUCUUAGGAUACGGCGCCCACCACCCCGCAUUUCCUGUGGUCGACCUGCUCAGAUGCCUCGUGAGCUGCGAGGUAUUGGAUGACGUCGAACUCGCGGACCUUGCACUCGAUCUUUCCUAUAUGGGACCACCCGUACUCCCGCCUGCUAGCUCAUGGACGCCGUGCGUCUGCCUCGUGGGGCUGCCAGGCAAUAUUAUAGCGGAGUAUCAUCGCUUGCUCGACUACCCCUUCGCCGAAACAAUUUCAUACACGCGUUGCACCAUGGAGAGACCGGCCCGGCUCUGCGAAUGGCACUCCCUCGAUCUCAACGAGAUAAAUAGCCCGCCGUCGCUCCUAAGCUUCCUCUUGCUGGGGCAGAAUAGGUUUUCGGGGAACGAGGUAUCGUUCACGGACUGCGACGGACUGGUCCCCGCUGUUUUGUCCUUCAUUGCUCGGCCAUUGCUGGGCGGAGCCCUGUGGCCUUGCGCCACAGUCACCCGCCUCACCAUCGACAGAUGCGAACGAUUCCGUAGCUCGCAUCUGCGGGAAGUACUCGAGGCGCGACGCUCCGCGCACGCCGCGACGGGCUAUGCAGAACAGGACGAUCCGGGGUUCGUGGUUAAUCCGAUCACGGAGCUCUAUGUGAGCGACUGCUGCGAGCUGGACCCGGGCGAUAAGGAGUGGUUCGACGCGAACGUGUACUGGGUUUGUUGGGACAACUGGUGGGGGGGCACUGCCAGUCAACAUCACAACUGGCCGCGGUCGUGAACGCAGUGCUGGGUGUGUGCCAUCUAGGUCUAAGUACUGUAGUUCGGAAACCCAUGGCCUCACGUACUGUAGAAAUCGUUAUAUCGUUCAAUGGAACGUGAGCACGUACGCAUGAGCC